ACCACCACCAUCUCCCCAUACUCGCAUCUAGGCUCCUCUUUCACACAGUACUCGAUAAUUACAACCAUGCAGAUUUUCGUGAAGACCCUCACUGGCAAGACCAUCACCCUCGAGGUCGAGUCCUCUGACACUAUCGACAACGUCAAGGCCAAGAUCCAGGACAAGGAGGGUAUCCCUCCCGACCAGCAGCGCCUUAUCUUCGCGGGCAAGCAGCUCGAGGAUGGUCGCACUCUUUCCGAUUACAACAUCCAGAAGGAGUCGACUCUUCACUUGGUGCUCCGUCUUCGUGGAGGCAUGCAGAUCUUCGUCAAGACCUUGACGGGGAAGACCAUCACCCUUGAGGUCGAGUCAUCCGACACGAUCGACAAUGUUAAGGCGAAGAUCCAGGACAAGGAGGGUAUCCCUCCCGAUCAGCAGCGUCUCAUCUUCGCUGGCAAGCAGCUCGAGGACGGCCGUACUCUCUCCGACUACAAUAUUCAGAAGGAGUCGACUCUCCACCUUGUCCUUCGUCUCCGUGGUGGAAUGCAGAUCUUCGUCAAGACCUUGACGGGGAAGACCAUCACCCUUGAGGUCGAGUCAUCCGACACGAUCGACAACGUCAAGGCGAAGAUUCAGGACAAGGAGGGCAUCCCCCCUGACCAGCAGCGUUUGAUUUUUGCCGGCAAGCAGCUCGAGGACGGGCGUACUCUGUCCGACUAUAACAUUCAGAAGGAGUCUACCCUUCACUUGGUCCUCCGUCUCCGUGGUGGAAUGCAGAUCUUCGUCAAGACCCUUACCGGAAAGACGAUCACGUUGGAGGUUGAGUCUUCGGACACGAUUGACAACGUGAAGGCCAAGAUCCAGGACAAGGAGGGCAUUCCCCCGGACCAGCAGCGCUUGAUCUUCGCCGGGAAGCAGUUGGAGGACGGGCGUACCCUUUCGGACUACAAUAUCCAGAAGGAGUCCACCCUCCACCUUGUCCUUCGUCUCCGUGGCGGCAUGCAGAUCUUCGUCAAGACCCUCACGGGUAAGACGAUCACGUUGGAGGUGGAGUCUUCCGACACCAUCGACAACGUGAAGGCUAAGAUCCAGGACAAGGAGGGCAUCCCCCCUGACCAGCAACGCUUGAUCUUCGCCGGGAAGCAGUUGGAGGACGGACGCACUCUCUCGGAUUACAACAUCCAGAAGGAGUCCACUCUUCACUUGGUCUUGCGUCUCCGUGGAGGUCUCUGAGCGUUGUCUGUCCGCGCCUAUCACUGUCUUCGGUUCAUCAUGCCCACAUGUCCGUCUGUCGCUCGUUUUAUGUAGUAUCACUCGUUAUGUCGCGUUGUAAGUAGUAGUGGUGUCUCCGCUCGAUGUCGAGUCGGAAAUGGAAGGAGUCCAUGAUCAAUGUACAUGUCAUGUUGCUGUUUUUUCUCGUGCGAUUGUCGACGGAAAAUACACAGG